GGGUUUAUUGAGCUAUAAAAGCUGAAACAGUUGCCAAUGCUAUAAUCAGACUGGGAGUUAUCACGGCAUAGAAAUGACUAAGAAAUGCUGUUACUUACUGCUCGUGCUGCUGCUUGGCAUGGGCGUGCAAGCAAAGUUGGAUAUGAGCAGUAUCUGGAAACUGAAGCAACAAUCGCAGGCGCUAGGAGCUGAAUUUUCCAACAAUAGCCCCAAUUGCUUUGGCUACUACACGCCCCAGCUGGAUGGCAUAUUGCAAACGUACGAGAGCAACUAUAACACUUGCAAUCUAAACUAUAAUCAGCAAAUUACUACCGAGAAUGCGCGCUGGCAAUACGCACGUGAUGAGAUCUACGUAUCCAGUAAAAACUCCUGCGGGGCGGUGAAUAAUUGCGGAAGCUGGAAGGACUAUGUGGAUGCUCUUGAGUGCUAUGCGCAAGCUGGCAACGAGCAAGCCUUGAUUAUGUAUGCCAUAUCCGCUGAUGCUACUGAAUUGGUCACCGAAAUGAGCGCAGCCUAUCAAUCUAUCGAGACUGUAAAGACAAUUUGUGUGAACAAUGCCGAGAGGACUUAUGUGGAGAACACGGCUAAGACCUAUGAGUACUUGAAUGCUUGCUUGAAUGGUACUGGGCCCUUGCCGACAGUUCCCACUCCCCGGUAGUUCGACAGCUUUCUAUACUACUCCACGUCCGUACGAUCGGGGAUUACUGGGUAAGACUUUGUA